AUGCACAGCGGAUUGAACUGGUUUCCUACGGAAAUAUGGACCCUGCUACUCAAUGAGACUGACCGUACGGCUCUUUGUAGCAUUGCGGCGACGUCUCUAGCAUUUCGGCGUAUCUCCAAGCCGAUUCUCUUCCAUCGUAUCGUCAUUCGUGCACAAGACAAGCGCUCCAUUCGUGCCCUCCCCGCUAUCCUGCCCGAUGCGCAGAAGGUCAUUCUGCAUGACCCUUGGUUGGCGGGUAUGACAGCAUCGAUAACCGCAUCGCUUCCUCGAUUGGAGACUAUCCUGUUUAAGUCCACCGACGGACAGGAUGUGUACGUGACGUACAGGGCACUGUGCUCCUGGCUCCGCAAAGCUCCUGCUCUCAGGCAACUCGAACUCGCAGUGGACUUCGACGACAAUCGGCAUCUCCGGCAAGCGCUUGUAUUGGCCCCAUCCCUACGUAGGCUCGUGCUCUACGACAGUUGCGUAUACCAAACGUACAGCGAUACGAUGACAUCGCCCUUUACCUGGCUACAUCUAGAGGAAGUCGUCUUGGGCAGAGGUGUCGACGCACAUGAUUUGGAUUGUCUGCUCCCUCAAUGCCUGCCGUCGCUAAAAUCUCUUUAUCUUCCUGAGCGUGUCCUCCCAGGGAAGGUGUCCUUUGGUCGCUUCUUGCCUCAGGCGGGAAACACACUUCUGGAGUUCCAUAUCGAGUUGAGAGCUUUGAUGGACGUCGUCGAAUUGGGGCCGCUGGCGAAAAUCGAUGGGUCGUCAUCAGUGUCAGAAACUCCCCACUUCCUCCCUCAUCUCGCGUUGCUUCGAAUAUGUUUGGGCACGGAAUCCAAAUGGCGCCGGACUCAUUUGCACGCAGCUGAGAGACUCACGCGUGACUUGACCGUCGGUGCGGGCGCGCCCAUACAGCUCCUCAUACUCGAAAGUAAGGCAACAGUGAUCACGAAAAGCGCCUGGCUGCCUUCGUACCGACACGGCGACGAUACACUAUGGCAGCAGGACACCCUUCCAGCCUCUUGCACGAUCAAGAUAGUACUUUGGAUACGCGAGGUCGUGAGGGAUCGGACGCCUAUCUUAGGGCCAGUUCGUGCUUGGCAGGAAGUCAUCAGGAAGCACAUCGAGGUCCUCUUUCAGACGCACUGCGGGGUAAUGGCUCUGGUAGAACUCCAUUUCUGGGAUAAUGCAGAAGGAAUUCAUGUCGAUACGGAAUGUUGUGUGGAGCGGUACGAGGACAGCGAAGGCAGUCAAGCAGUGACGGACGGAGAUGAAGAUCCAGAUGACAGGAGCGAUCUUGCGGACGCUUCCGGAGCACAUCGACGCUUACGUGGAGAUGGCGCGGAGGAAUUCUUUGCUAGCGCGAGAGGGAAUGAAGAGGGCUGGGAGAGCAAGUAUAGUGAGGAAUGCGGCAUGGUGAUACCAGUGGAUGAGGAGGGCAGUAACGAUGCUGGGGACGAAGGCAGGGACGAUAUUGAAAGUCACGAGGAGAGAGACGGAGAGGACGAUGCAGAAGACGAGCACAUGAAGGAUGCUGAGUUCGAAGACGAGGGUCAGCAAGAGAAUGACGACACCUUUGAGCUCGAGAUCCUAGUCAUAGACUAUCAUCCCGUUGUUUCCUGA